AAAAACCGAACGGACGGAACACGGGUAAUUGAUGUGGGUAAGGUAGGUUAUGUACCUACUAAUAAGUUAAGAAGUGUUCAAGUGCGGAAGGAAAAACAAAUAAUUUAUACUGUAGUUCUUCUUAUACCUACGGAAUUCACAAAUUCAUACCCAAGUUAUCGGUAAAUUACUAUUUGAAUAGGAACACCCAAAUCAACUAAUACAUAAUGGAUUGGAACCUCAAGUAUGGAGAGCUUUCAAAGGAUAAAGAUUUCGUAAAUCAUUGUGAGGCCCUCAAAGAGAAUUUGAUGGAAAUCGAAAAGGUUCUAGAACAGCUGUUGCCUUUAAAACAACAAUACGAUAAGAUGUCGCUUCCCGCGCAAAUCGAGCUCGACUUGUUCCUGGCGUUCACACUCAACUCCCUGCAGUGGGUGCACCUGCGCAUACAGGGCGUCGACCCCACCACGCACCCCAUCAAACACGAACUCCAGAGGAUAAAGGCAACCAUGCUCAAAUGGCAAGAAGUAAGGGAUCGUGACAAGAGGCCCACAGUCAAUAUAGAUGCAGCAAAACGGUUUAUCCGUAGUGGCCUUUAUGAUCCCUAUAAAGCCACUGCAAAACCUCAGAACAAAAAGAUAAAAUUUGAUGAUGAAAGCUAAAGUAGGUUUAUUUUUAUUUUAACUAUAAGACUGAAUGAUGUAAAUUGGGUAAGAUUAACAUUGUCAGGAGAUGUGUAUGUUAUGUUUGUUCAAGUUGUAGCUGUUUUUAAGACAUCUUUUGGUAUAUUUGUGAUACAACUCAUAAUCUUUUCUAAGUCCAUAGUAUAAAAUGAAUAAUGUAAGAACUAUUUUUAAAUAAAAUUACUUUAUUCAAU